AAACCGAGGCACCAUUUUGUUGAAUCUUGACCCCAAACAGGCGUUUUGUUCGAGCAGCUCUCUACCGUUUGAGGCGAGCUAACCGGCGAGCUAACCGGCUAGCCUGUUCAGCUGGCGCUUGUCACUUGGAGACGGAUACCCGGAGCUGGACGCCUGGUGUCGGGCGUUUACCCUCUGAACCUUCACCAGCUUGGACCAGGAACAUCUCUGUCGGGGCUGUAGAGGAGACGAUACCUUUUUCAUGUGAUCACUGUGGCUUGUUUCGAUAUUUUAAUGGGAGGCCGCUUCCUUUGGAGGAGUGGACAUUGCGGGCUUCAGCUGCGAAGGAAGCGGAUCCUGGCUGCCUGUCGGGCUCAGAUGGAGUCUCUGGCCGGCUACGUGUACAAGGCAGCCAGUGAGGGCCGAGUCCUGACCCUGGCCGCGUUGCUGCUCAACCACUCCGAGGCGGAGACCCAGUACCUGCUGGGCUAUGUAACCCACCUGGCCGGCCAGAGGUCCACUCCCCUCAUCAUCGCAGCGCGGAACGGGCACGACAAGGUGGUCCGACUGCUGCUGGACCACUACCGAGUGGACACUGAACAGACCGGCACGGUCCGGUUUGAUGGCUACGUCAUUGACGGUGCCACAGCGCUGUGGUGUGCAGCUGGAGCGGGGCACUUUGAGGUGGUGCGCCUGCUGGUAAGUCACCAUGCAAACGUUAACCACACCACCAUCACCAACUCCACUCCUUUGCGGGCCGCCUGCUUUGAUGGGCGUUUGGACAUUGUCCGCUACCUGGUGGAACACAGUGCAGACAUCAGCAUCACUAACAAGUUUAACAACACCUGCCUGAUGAUCGCUGCCUACAAGGGCCACGUGGAUGUAGUAAAGUUUCUAUUGGAGCAGGGGGCAGACCCAAACGCCAAGGCCCACUGUGGGGCCACUGCCCUGCACUUUGCAGCUGAGGCUGGCCAUCUAGAAAUUGUAAAAGAGCUGAUGCACUGCCAGGCAGCCAUGGUAAUGAAUGGACAUGGCAUGACGCCGCUGAAAGUCGCUGCAGAGAGCUGUAAAGCUGAUGUGGUGGAGCUGCUUCUGGCACACGCCGACUGUGAUGCACGCAGCCGCAUUGAGGCCCUGGAGCUGCUUGGUGCCUCCUUUGCCAAUGACAGAGAGAACUAUGACAUACAGAAGACCUACCACUACCUACACAUGGCCAUGAUAGAGCGCUACCAUGACCUGGAUAAUGUCAUUGUCAAGGAGUUGUUGCCACCCAUUGAGGCCUAUGGGGCUCGCGGUGAGUGUCGAACACCCCAAGACCUGGAGGCCAUCCGAGUGGAUCGGGAUGCUCUGCACAUGGAGGGACUUAUGAUCCGGGAGCGUAUCCUGGGUUCAGACAAUAUUGACGUGUCACAUCCUAUCAUCUAUCGUGGUGCUGUCUAUGCUGAUAACAUGGAGUUUGAACAGUGCAUCAAACUGUGGCUUCAUGCUCUUCGCCUGCGGCAGAAAGGAAACCGGAACACACACAAAGACCUGCUGCGCUUUGCUCAGGUGUUCUCCCAGAUGGUCCACCUAAAGGAGCAUGUGCUAGCCUCUUCUGUGGAGCAGGUGUUAAGCUGCAGUGUGCUGGAGAUUCAGCGCAGCAUGGCUCGAGUUGAGGUGGCAGGUGAAUCUGAACUCCCGCAGGCCAUGGAUAACUAUGAGUCAAACGUUUUUACCUUUCUGUAUCUGGCCUGCAUCUCCACCAAGACAACCUGCAGUGACGAGGAGCGCGCCAGUAUCAACAAGCACAUCUACAAUCUAAUCCAGCUGGACCCGCGGUCACGUGAGGGCUCUUCGCUGCUGCACCUGGCCAUUAGCUCGAGCACGCCGGUUGAUGACUUUCACACCAAUGAUGUUUGUAGCUUCCCCAAUGCCCAAGUCACCAAACUGCUGCUGGACUGCGGUGCGCAGGUCAAUGCAGUUGACCAUGAAGGCAACACCCCGCUGCAUGUCAUUGUCCAGUACAACCGACCUAUCAGUGACUUUCUAACGCUACAUGCCAUCAUAAUCAACCUGGUCGAGGCAGGCGCCCACACAGACAUGACCAACAAACAGAAGAAGACACCGCUAGACAAGAGCACCACGGGAGUGUCAGAGAUCCUGUUGAAGACCCAGAUGAAGAUGAGCCUCAAGUGCCUGGCAGCGCGUGCCGUCCGACAUCACCAAAUCACCUACCACAACCAGAUUCCAAAAACGCUGGAGGAGUUUGUGGAGUUCCACUGAAACAGACCUCAGAGCUGAAGGCUCAACAUGAAUGAAGGACAGACUUCUGUCUUUUUAAAGUAUUUCUAAGCAAUCCAGAUCGUGCGGAGCAUGAUGGUGUGGUACUAAAAGAUUCUAAGCAUUUUUAUAUAAAGAGUGUUUUUUUGUUUUUGUUUUUUUAAAAUUUGUUUUGUGUUUUAUUUUAAGUUUUAAUUGCAAAGUAACAGCUGCCAUAGAGGGACAAAGGGCAGUCUGUCUGUCUGUCUGUCUGUCUGUCUGUCUGUCUGUUUUUCUGUCUGUCUGUCUGUUUUUCUGUCUGUCUGUCUGUCUGUCUCUGUGGCUGAUGUGCAGACGGUCACUUCUGCAGCUCGUUUACUGCGAUACAUCAGAGGAAAACAUCCGGCCAGCACCUGUUCUCUGAAGGUCUGCCAGAGACCUGCAGUAGGUUUUUGCAGUGAGAGGACAGCAGUGAUGCUGCCCUGCAUGCUUCUUAUUUUUGCCUUAUCUCCAUGCCAGGAAACUGUCAUGUACGCCAUGUUACUGUGAUUCUGCAGUCGGAGAGAAUGCGUGAAGGAGAGAUUGUCAGACAGAAACAGAAUGAGUGCCUGUAGAGAAACCAACAUACAACCAAACUCACUUGCUUUCCAUGUAUUCAUCUCACAAAUCACACAUUAUUUUUUUAUAUGAAAAUGUUUUUUACUGGAUUUAUUUUUACUGUAACAGCAGCAGUGGAGUGAUAAGAGAAGAUACUGAAAAGACAGAAUUAGGAAAUAUAAUCUGAAUGUUUAACCUAAGAUAUUUUUUUCUCUUGACCUUUUCCCCUGAAAUGACACCAGAUGGCCAAAACUAUGCAGACACCCCUGUCUAUGUACUUUCAUGCCAGUUUUGUCUGGGUCUCUCAUGUCCAGAUAAACAUAAAAAACCCAGUAUAUAUACGUAUUUGCUACGUUUUAUCAAUAAAAUCUAAGGAAGCGAGAAAAGUUUUCUUCAUAGAGUAAAUAAAAAUGUAUAAACCCACUGGAUUAUCUGAAUAUAAUGUAUUGUCACAAAGACAAAUGAUUAUUCUUUUUUUUUUUUUUUUAGCUCAAGAGACUUCUUUAGAGUGGCAUAAUUUUCAUAGGACUGUGAUUUUUUGUUUGUUUGUUUGUUUGUUUGUGGUGGAAUAUGCCAAAAUCUGGUGAAAAGCCUCAGACUGCAGGAGUGGAGACUGUAUUAAUAUCCAUGCUGGUGCAAUGUCCAGAUGUCCACAUACUUUUGGUCAUGUAGUCUGCUUUUUCUACUAGUUAAAAUAUCUUGGCCAAAUUCCCUCAGAAGAACUAAAUAGGACUAAUAUUUUGGUAAACAUGCUGCGGUUGUUCAUACAUGCUUUUAUUUUGAAACCUGUAAGGACGUAAACACAGAAAUGAUGAAUGUCCUUUCCAAGGCAACUUUUAAAAAAGACAGUAAGCUGUAGAUAGUUGAGGACGACACCAAGUGGUUUGCAUUUUCUCAUGCUUGUAGUGCAGCUGCAGCGUUUGCCUCACUGUCAUUCUUGUUUUUGUCCUCAGCAUGUCACAGACGUGGAGACUUUAAUGUUCAGUGUGUGACUCUGAACAUUGAUUCUCUGGACCUGCUCUGUAGCUUGUUGGUGUUCGGUCUAUUCAAGAUGAUCACAUUUUGAAUCAGGUCUUACUUUCUCUUGGGUCUGCAGUACUUACUUUUUAUUCUGGACCAGACCUGAUGGUCUUCAGCUCCCCUUCAUACUGAAGCUUUUCCAUUUAUGCCUUAUACCUUUAUCUAGGUUUGUCCACAGGUAUGUUUAGGGCCAACAGUUAAAAUCCAUGACAACCUUUCAGUUCAACUACCAGGUGUUUUCAUUAUUGAUUAAUUUGUGAAUUAUUUUCUCAAAUAACUGCUUAGUCUGUAAAAUGACAACAACAACAAAAAAAGAAACGAGGAAAAUGCUAUGUACACAAAAUAAGACCUGCUAUAUACACAAAUUGCUGAAGGCAGCAGAAGAACUUGAGUCAGGUCACUCAAACUGAAAAGAUGAAAAUAUUCAUAUUAAUGUUUUGUAUCAAGCUGGCAGUUAUUCCUUUAAGUUUGAUGUCAGUCUUUAAAAUGACUCAAUCUUGUGUUUAGUUUUUGUUGGGACAAAAAAAUGAAUUUUGCAAUGUUGAAAAUGGACAGUUCCAUGUCCAGAGUGAUCAGGCUCAUGUCUGUAGGAAGCUGCAGCCCUUAGCUUGGCUUAGUAGAGACUGGAUAGGGGUAAUGUCUAUCCCGAUUCUGUCCUGGGGUUGAACAUGUACUGUGGUAACUCGUGAGCUGUGGAGGUGCCGGUAGAGCCAUUUUGUUACCUUUAAACAGAGCCAGGCUCGCUGUUUCCAGUCUUUAUGCUAGGCUGAACUAGCCAGCUGAUCUCUAUAGCUUUAUAUUUACUGUAAAGACAUGAGUGGUAUUGGUUGGAACACUAACAGAAGAGGAACGGUUCACUAAAUGUGAAACUGUUCCUUUCAUUGGUCAAGUCCUUUGUCAGGCUGUUAAGUGUUAACAUUGUCAGUAGGGCUGUAACGAACAAUUAUUUUCAUUUUUAAUUCUUCUGUAGAUCAUUUCUAUGUUCCAGUCACUGGUUAUUUUUGUUUGUUUGUCCAACAGUGAAACACCAAAAACAUUUAAUUUUAAAUGGUAUACAGGAGAGCAGAGCAGCAAUUCAUUUGAUGAUGAGUGUUAAACAAUUGCUCUAUUAUAAAAAUGGAUGUUAAUUUAAUCGACUAAUCCGUCUUUGCAGCACUGAUUCUCUGGUUCCAAUCCCUAAUUGUGAAGAUUUGCUGCUUUUCUCUGUUUUAUUGUUGUACAUUUAAUAUUUUCAGUUGACUGCAGUUCAAAAAAAGACAUUUAAAGAAGUCCCUUUUUAACUCUUGGGUAUAUUGAUGGACAUUUUCCAGAUUUUUGGUACUAUUUAUAGACUAACAAAAUACAUGAGAAAUGACACAACUGUGGGAGAAGCUGUUUAGCGGCAGCCCUAAAGUGUACAGUGUGUCAUUGAAAGUUGUAGUUUCUCAUAACUGACAGGUUGAUGACUCUCAUUGUUGUGCCGGAGCAGCUCUACUCUUCAUAGGGAACAUCUGGAUGAGUUUGUUUUAGUUGUUUUCACUGCAUCCACCACGUGUGUUUUUUUAAGCUGCAGUGUCUGAGUCAGACUGUGACGUUUGACUUCAGCUUUCAAUGAAAGAUUCAAGUGUGGGAUCGAAUCAGUAAACUGCAGGAAGUACUAAAUAAACUGUGUUUGUCUGGAAACUUCCAAACUUUGUAAGCGUGAAUUAAAUUAGUUUGCUUCAAAUGUAAAAUGAAUCAUCAUUUGGCAACUGUUGGCCUGUUGGUCACCAAGAUACUGGUUUUGACUAAUCAGAUGUUGGGAAUAUCUCAUAAUCAGGUUUGGAAAAUACAAAUGAACUAGUUUCAUGUCUAAUUUUGUUUAGCAUUCAUUGGUUUUCAGGGUUUAAUUUCCUUGAGAGAAGCAGCCUGUGACCACAGUGUCAAGGUGGAAAACAAAUGCUCGUAACGUAACUCGUCUCUCCAGACUCUAACAAAGUUCGUUGCUUUUGUUAACCAUGUUAUGGGCAUUACGGGGGGAGGGGACUUCUACCUGGAUGUUUAAAGGUUUGAUGUGAUAAUGUGCCAUUCAGAGUGCUCAUCUUAUUUUGAACACAUCGGUUUUUAUGUAACAAUGCAGGAGUAUUUAUGUCCUGAUGGGUAGCUGGCAGCUUUGAGUUUUAAACCAGGUUUCUGUGGCUGAAAUGAAGCCAAAGGUUCUCCAUGUGUCAGGAAACUUUAAAAGAUGUCAGCUGUUGUGUACUUUCUGCAGAAUGAAUGCUGCCAAAUUAAAGGUCUUCUAUCUGCAUUCA